AUGGCACCAGCAGCUAAGAAACAACAUACGUUUUUAACGAUAGACCAGAAAAAAGAAGUUCUUAAGAAACUAAGUGAAGGACAGCCAAUUCGACAGCUAGCUGCGCCAUACAAUGUAGGUAAAUCUACAAUUUCGGACAUAAAAUCAAGUGGAUUAAAGAUUGAUAGUUACAUUGCUAGAACAGAAUGUGGCCUUGGAAAGCGUAAAACUAUGCGACCUGCGGAGUUUGAAAAGAUGGAAGACCACUUGUAUAAAUGGUUUGUAAACGCAAGACGAAACAAUGCACCGAUUUCCUCGGAAAUCAUCCAAGAAAAGGCCAAACAAUGCUGUUCCCAAAUUUACGGACAAAGUGUGGAAUUUGUGGCUAGUAAUGGUUGGUUUAGUAAUUUUCGCUCCCGAUAUGGAAUUAAAUUCUUAAGAAUAUCUGGCGAAAAACUUUCCAAUGAUUCUACUGCUGUGCAACCCUUUAUUGAAAAAUUGCGAAAGAAAAUUGCAGAAAUGGGCAUUACGUAUAAUCAGGUUUAUAAUGCAGAUGAGACUGAUGUGGCUUUUUUAUCGUCUAAUUCUUGGAAAAAUGUGGAUGAACGCGUGCUCAGAAAAUGUUUUAACAAAAUUCUUUAUGACGAAGAAUGGGACUCAGAUGAUGAUUUGCCUCUUGCGAUGCUACGGCCCAGCAGCUCAACUAAAAUAAUUGAUCUUCUUGUUGAAAUAUCCCCUGAUGUAUACAAUGAUAACGAGAUUACUGAGUGGUUGAAUGACGACACUGAUUUCGAUAUCAACGAGAUUGGGGAAGAAGAUAACGAGAACAGCAGUCUUGACGAAAAUGAAAGUCAAGAUCCUAAAAUUUCGCACUCUCAAGCUAUUGUCGCAUUUGAUAGUUGUAUUAAAUAUGCUGAGGAACAGGAAUUUUCAUCCGGAGACAUUUUAAAACUUGUGAGUCUCAGAGAUAUUGCCUUCAGAAAGAGAAAUGAAACAAAAUUGCGGCAAACGAAUAUAUUGAAUUAUUUUACGGCAGAAUAA